ACCCGCGGGAAAGCAUGUCCCAGCUGGACCUGGAGGAACUGGCUGAAAUAGAGAGAGAGGAGGAGGCAGCCCUGCUGGGCACGGCCCAGAGACCCUCGGAGACCCUCAGAGACCCCACGGUGGCGGAGGAGCAGCUGGCACUGAGCAACAACCACCUGUUCUACGACGUGGCCAGACACGGCUUCCUGCAGGUGGCAGGCCAGGACCACUUCGGACGGCACGUGGUCACCUUCAGCUGCUGCCGCCUGCCCCCGUCCCACCAGCUGACCACGGGCGCCUGCUGGAGUAAGUCCUGCCCGCGGGCUGCGCGUGCACCUUACUGUCUCCCUGCCCUCCUGUGGGCAGACGCACCCCUGCACGUGCUGACUGUCCAGGACAUACACUCCAUUUCCUGGGGCAGGACCAGGAAAGGCCGCCCUGUCAAUGCAGGGGUGGCCAGCAGCCUGCGUGUGACCCGCUGCCGCCAGAUCCUGCAGAGCCUCCCGAGCACCACCGCAUAG